AUGAGUCACAUGUCAGAGGGUGGUAGAAGUAGUUCUCGUUCAAAUGCAAGGUCAAGUUGGAGAUCGGGUCAUGAGUCAAAUCAGAUCAAAGGUGUACCUCGACAUUGUCAAUGUGGAAGCGAUAUUGUAAUGUGGAUAUCAAGAACAGACAACAACCCGGGAAGAGUUUUUUUGCGUUGUGCUAAACAACAGGGCAACUAUGAGCAUGUGUUCAAAUGGGUUGAUGAGGCCAUGGUGGAAGAAACGGAGAUCUUACGUGAACACAUUGAAAAACUGGAGUUGGAGAAUGAAAAUCAGAAAAAAGAGUUGAAAAUGUACAAAAUAGAGCUGCAAAACAACAAGAUGGAGCUACAAAACAACAACAUCGAACUCAAAAAAUACAUAACUUCUGCUGAAGCGUAUAAAGAUGUUGUGAACAAAGUGGUUGUAGUUUUUGUUUUAGUUUGUGUUGUUAGCUACUACCAUAUGUUAUUGAAGUAG